UAUGAUUGGGUUCGGACUUUUUUUUUUCUCUUAUCCACUGAAAGAGAAAAAUUUUAAAGAUUCCCCUUAUUCUUCCGUUGCUGCUACCACUACUAAUCAGUUUAAGGAAAAAGGGUGGAAAACUGGUGUGCUUUCCUCAAGGAUGGACAAUUCUACCCGUCAAUAUCAUCACCAAACUUUCUGAAGUCACCUUCCUGAGUGCGCCCCUUUAUGUUAUAAUAUCAAUUGCUAUAAAGAUUAUUUUAGCUUGCACAUUCCUGACGUAUAUUUCCUGUGAAUUUGAUUAUGAAAGGCAGGCUGGUGGUUUCACAUUAAGCAAAUUAAGAGCUACUAGAAUAGCUGAAAGACUCAAGCCUGAUGAUGACGGGGGGAAAAGGAUGGAGAAGCAUCUAGUGGGAGUGAUGGGGAGGAUGAUGAUCCCUUACUUAUGGAUGAGGAACAGAGGCAAGAAUGGAGCAGGAAGAUUAGAGAAGUGAUUGAUAUGAACCCGGAUGUCGAAGAGGAAGUAGACCCUGUCAAGAGGAGGAAGAAGAUGCAGAAGCUUUUGGCUGAUUAUCCACUUGUUGUGGAGGAGGAUGAUCCUGAUUGGCCCGAAGAUUCUGAUGGGUGGGGUUUCAGCUUGGGUCCAUUCUUCGACAAGAUUACUAUAAAAAAUGUCAAGAUGGACGAUGAUGAUGAGAAUUAUGAUAGUGAAAUGAAUUGGUGUGGCAAGAUGACAGUUACAUUCGUCCAAUCAAAGACAUCACCACCAGAGAAUGGGAAGAGAUGGGAAGAGACUGUGUUCAAGGACUUCAGUCCUUUGAUUGUCUUUGUGCAUAAUCAAUAUAGAAGACCACUGGAAAAUGAAAGGAUGCGGGAUGAAUUGGAGAAAGCUGUAAAUAUCAUAUGGAACUGUCGGCUACCAUCGCCAAGAUGUGUUGCAAUAGAUGCUGUUGUUGAGCUUGAUUUGGUCUUUGCUCUGCAAGUGUCCAUCUUCCCAGAGCUUUUCUUCACUAAAGCUGGAAAGAUCUUAUACUGUGAGAAGGCGAUUCAAACAGCAGAUGAGUUGUAAAAAAUAAUGGCAUUCUUUUAUUACGGAGCAGCCAAACUGCCUAGCUUGAAUACCGUUGGAAAGAGUGAAGAACCAAUCCCUACCAUUUGAAUCAACAGCGAAUAGUGUCAGAAAGUUGUACAUAACUAUAUAUAUAUGUAUGCUAUGGUUUAGAGAAUGAGGUUCUGGGUUAGCGAUGCUGUGUUUACCAUGUUGUUCCCCAUACAGAUCAAUGGACACCAUGAAAAUUUAGCUGAUAUGUACAUUCUAGGGGAGAUUUAUAACUACAUUUCGCAAUUGUUUGUUAAUUUCAGUUUGAAAACUGAAAUUUUUGUUAUUUA